AGUAGCAACUUUUGGGGGCACCCUCACUUUAUAUGACAAAACCAGCUGAUGACCUACGGUUUCUCCCUGCCCUUUCCCCCGCGUUGUCUCAGUUACAGUUUUUUACACAUAAUGAGUUUACUCCACAAAUUAUAGACAUUUUUUAGAUGUCUUAGAAUAAGUUAUAAGCUAAUGACAAUCCUGUGUUAUAAGAGAAAGGGUAGAAAAAAGUGUAAAUCGAAUUGCGCCUUGGGAAACCCAAAUAUAUAAUAUAUAUUCACGGUACAGGUCAUCCUACCCAUCAGUCACUUCAUAUAGGUCUCUCUAAUCUAGCACUAAUCCUGUGAAGAUUUAUUGGAUAUCUUUUUUCCCGGUGAUGAAGUGAGUUCAUCAUACAGUAUUUUAGGAGCUGCUUCACACCACUCAUUUGGGAAAAUGUACCCGGAAGGCUUAUAAACUGAACAGGUUUGCUGCAGAGAUUUUUUGAGAAUUAAAAUCUAUGGCACUAAUAAUUAAUCUGUGAUUUACAAACAUUCACUUUCAUCAACAUGUAUUUUGCGCAUAUAGUAGCAUACAUGUAGGAUUUGCAGGGAUUUGUAUUUCAGCAGACUGUCAGAGGUAAAAUAAAUACUGGACAUGAAUAUAAUUUUCUCAGACACCCCCCCCCCCCCCCCCCCUCCCUUUUGCAACAGCCCGAGCAGGGAAGUAUAGGAAGAUGUCAUGUAUAUUUGGAAACAUCUGGCAACACUACAUAUAGGACCCUUGGAAACUAAGUUGUUGAAUCGGAAUAAGCUUGACAACUUCAAUGAAGAAAUGAAACCAAUUAUAUUUGUUUACAAUUACAAGUGUAGAUUUAAUUAUGGUCUAAUUUUUUUUAUGCCAGCAAAAAACAUAAAUAGCAAUGGUUGUGAUUUUAAUUAUUGCUUCCGCUGUUCUUCCAUUUGAGUGAAUGCAUUCUUAAUAUUAUCAUAUAUCCUUCAUGUUUCCUGUUUAUUCUAUAAUCAUCUUCCAUUUAAAAAUUCACUGGAAAAUGCCUAUUUCAAAGUAUUUCCCUCUUGAGUUUAUGACAAAUAAAUUAUUGAAAACUAUCAAUGUUUCCUACACCAACAAUUCUAAUAACAUAACCCUGAACCAUGAAGCAAAACAAAAACCACUCAAGGGGCCAUCCAUAAAUGAUGUCAUACCAUUUUUGCCUCGCCCCCAUCACCACAAAUUUUUAACACAAUGUAAACACACUCAUAAAGUAUCACAGAUUUCUUACCCCUCCCCCCUAGAUGUGUGAUGUCAUUUAUGAAUUGCCUCUAAUUUGCCUUAUCCUAGCUUUCAGUUUUGGUUGGGUUAAACGUUGAUUCAGGUAGAUCUUUGCGAUGUUCAGGGGUGGACUAGGUCGUCUCGAGACUGUAAAAAAACUUGACAACUUGCCGCUAGAUAUCUUGGUCACUUGCUACAUUACAAUAAAACUAGUGUAUUAAAUCUAUAGUCACAGAUUUCUAUCACAGGCUGCUUGGACACUUCAAGUCACCACUGGACACAGCCUUUAUUGUAAAUAAUAUUUGCAAAAAUGAUUGAUCCAAAUAGCUGAAAAGGCCCAACAAAGUAAUUUUUUUCACCAAAACUAAAGCAGUAAUGUUUGAAUAGUGCACUUUUAUGCGAAUUACUUAUGGAAUGUAGUGACUAAAUUUUGUCUUUAUGUAUUUACUGGUUUACUGUACAGGAUGGGCCUCACAAACGAAAAAAAAAUCAAUAGCACAUCCAGCAGUUGCUGUUGUUGUGCACUGUCCUGUUUGCUUAGGAUUUUGGUCUUCUCAGCCUUUUCUUUUUUUUUUUUCUUUCACUUAUAAGUAAAUAUUCUUUGCAUAGGAGAAUGAGCCUCAUGGGAAAGUGACGAUGCCCUAGUGUGUAAAACUGUAUUUGAUUAGUCUUAAGUCUCCUGAGUAAAAAGUUUAAAAUUUGUUUAGCUCUUUGUUUUAGGCCUAUAUGUCACCAGCAUUUUGCUAAAGGCUUAUAUGCGGGCAGUAUGUUACCGUGUAUUUAUAAUUUUGGGGGAUUAAUUGCUUACGUUUUGUAUGCAAAAGGCAUUAAACUUUUUUAUUACUUUUUAUUGUUUAUACAUUGUGAAUUUUCUUUUCAGAUAUUUUUAGAGAAAAUAUAAAUCACUCUAGUUUAAUUAAGAGCCCUAAGCCUAAGAAAUUUGUUGUCCAAUGGCAUCCCUCCCAGUGCAAUUGUUUUUCUGGCCAACAUCAUAUUACUCUCAAAAGGUAAUUGUAAAAAAAAUUAUAUAUAAAUUAUAAAUGAAUAUAUUAUUUUUAAUUAAUUUUGAUAUGUCUAAAAUGAGAUAUUAAGAACCAAUAAAAUGCAGAGGUAAGCUAAUUUCUUAAGAUCUACUAUUUUAUCACUUCAAUAUUUUAAUUACAUUUUAAGAAUAUUGCUAUCCUAUAACAUAGCCCAUUUAAAUAUUCCACCAAAAAAUACAGUUUACCAUGAGCUUUUUUAUUAUUUUGACUGGUGCAAGCAUUUAAUUUUUGCAAUUAUUUUUUUUGUAUGAUCAAUAAAUGGCAUUAUAAUCGCUUAAAUCAAUUUCAUGCUGAACAGGUGAUUAGGUUAAUUUCUGACUUCUUUAAACUGCAGAGAUCUUCAGAAUUUAAUCCUGAAAUACUUUACAAGAUUUAAUGUUCAUAUUAUUUUGAUAUUAAUGGCCUGUUAAAAAAAAUAGAAAAAAAAAUUAUUGCAAAACUGUAUGUAAUUUAUUAACUAAAAAAAUAAAUGACUUAUUUCUUUUAACAGUAUGUUGGUAUUUGUGCUAUUUUAAAAAAUAAAAUAAUAAUUCUUAAAACAUUAAUAAUUUAAAUUCUUCCAUAACUUAUUCAUAACACAGGCUGUGCUAGCACUUGAAGAGAAAAAUGUCAAAUAUAAACAAACAAUCAUCUCCCUGAUUGCCUAUGAGCAGAAUGAACCUUGGUUCCUGCGCUUAAAUCCACAAGGAGAAGUACCUAUGCUUAAGCUAGGAGAUAAAUAUUUCACCCAGUCUGAAACUAUUGUGGAUACGGUGGACAAACUCAACAAUGGUAAACAUGUUUUAGUUUUUAAAUAUCAUUUGACAUUGCUUUUAGGCUCUAAUAAUGAAAUUUAUUGCUAUGGAGGACCAUUCACACAAAAAAAAAUAUUUGGGUUUCUAUACAGAUUUCAUUAAUUUUUUUUUAAUUUACCGUUUAUUGUAUUUGGGGAAAAUAAAAUUUCCACAAAAUAUAAAUUCAAAAGGCAUAGUGGUUCUCAACCUUUUUCAAAUAGUAGACCUACUAAACUAAAUUUUCUUAUCAUUCAUGCUUUCUCUCCCCCACAAUUCAGUGUCAAGAUUAUUACUAUAGUGGAACCCAAUUAAAAUUCUCUCUUUGUCUUAGCAUUUUCUCAUCGGUUAUGUAGAUCCUUUUAAGUCGCUGAACCAUAAUAUCUCGACCCUAAAAGAGAGCCAAAUUUGCCAUUUAAAGUGGGUUAUGUCGAUCCCCAUGACCAAUCCCCGGCUUUUUAACUCCGCAAAAAGAAAUAGCAAACAACAAAUAAACAAGUUUUGCAUGAUUAAAAAUAAUUGUUUAUUUCUCAAAAUACAGGAGUGAAAGAAUCCCUAUAUUGGGUGUUAACUUAUGCUACAGUAAUAUAUACGGUCCAAUAUUGCCAGGUGUUGACUCGUGUAAGUUUCUUUCGUGGGAAUGGAGAUCCUACUUUGCAAGAACAUGGUCUUUUGAUUUUAAAUUUUUUUUAUUUACCUCUUGCGAAUGGUUAUGUUUAUGCUAGCUUUGUACUAACCAAUAAAAUGAUGGUGCUUGGUUCGCUGCGCAUGUGCUGAGUUCACAUAAAAAAACCAACUCCAAAAACACAUGCAUGUACAUUCUCAUUUUUUAAUGCACAUAAUGUACAUAAAGAAAUUUCAAGCAUAUUUUAAUAUAUUGCCGCCAUAUUGGUGUUCAUUUAUCUCGAUUAUCCGUUAUCUCUUUGCUUUUUUGGCAAACCCCUAGGCCGGCGACAUAACCAGGUUAAAUGUAAUUGCCUUCAUAUAUUUUUACAGUGUUUUCCUUUUGAUAAACCCUUUGAGGACCUAUUAGAAAUACACUGUACUGCAGAAAUCUUGUUUUUAUAUGUUCUUUUGUAAUUUGUAUGUCAUGACAGUAGCACAAUUUCUAUAUUAUCAUACAUCCACAAGACCUACUUCAUGCAUCUUAUUUUGUAAGCACCACAUCUUUGCUGAUUGAAAUUGACAACUUUGGCUUUGACGUGAUUAGCAUAUUCUACAAACUACAAGUUUGAUCUAUGCUCUGUUUCAUUUUAUAUCUCUCUAUUUUUUUAAACUUUUCUUUUAAAACUUAUUGUAUACAGUCAAUGUUAAAAUGUUUCUACAAAAAUUAACAUUUAAGUUGUCUUUUUUUGGAAUGAAAGGAAAGUGAAAGAGUGUUUUGUUUUUUAAAAUAAAUCCAGCUGUAUAUAGUGUUUAAAAAAAUUAAGUUAUAUCUUAAGUUAUAAAAUAUAGGAUUAAAACAGAUAUAAGGCCUAAUUAUGCAUUUUAAAGGUUUGCUUAUUGAAAAAAAAUUGACAAGAUUCAUUGAUCCUCACAAGACUUGUAUACGUCUCUCCUUGGAUCCAAGGCUGGAAAACUAUGCGUUAAGAUGGUCAAAUUAAUUAUAAUUAUCCCUCCAAACCUCUAUUAAUUUUGAUCAACCAACUAAUGCUUUGAUAUUUGUUUUAAUUGUCAUCCACAGCCCCAGUUUUGGUUCCUGAUCCCAGUACACCAGAAGGUAAACAAGUACAAGAUUGGAGAUGCAAACUUAACAGUAUCAACAUGGAAGGUCUGACUUUUGGUGUUCUCUUAAAUCCUGAGUUGGCAGUGACAGACAUAAAGAUCCCAUCAUCAUACAGGCAGACCAAAGAAGGUAAAAAUUUAUCCUAUAAAUUAAUAUUUUUUUAUUUUUUAACAAAAGAUGUAGUUUAUCAAAUGGUUAAAAAAUUAAUUAUGGUAGGUUUUGUUCAUAGAUCUGGUCAGACAUCUUGUUCUUGUCCUUACAACAAAUGUUUUAGCAACUGUACAAUCCCUGUAAAUCCAGGGUCUCUAAACUUUACCCUGUGACUUACAAAUGGACUGACAUUACAGAUUAAGAGGUUUUGAUACUUUUGGUGUGUUGCAAUCUUAGGGCAAUCAAAAUUGUUUUCAUUAGUUUAGUGUUCGAGUUUGUGACCAAAGUAAAAUUAUUUAUUUUUUUGUAAAUUAUUUAUCUAAAAUAAGACAUAUAUUUUAAAUUUAUUUUCGCUGCACAUUCACUCAGCAUAUUUUCAACAUCACCACAUGAUAUCUUUUAUCAACGCUGAGGGAGAAAUAUCCUGAAUACUAUUUCUUCUGGCAUCUGUCAGUCACAAUGUGACGAUGUGUAGACUUCAGCAAGACAAAAUCACAAGACCUGGGAUUUUUCUUUUAGGAGCAUAGGCUGGUUCCCUGGUCAGCCAAUCUCCUUUUAUUGCUUUUCUACGUUUUUGCUGGGGAUUGAACUCCAUGAUUUGAAUUGUCCCAAUUAAGACGGCACAGCCAUCCAGCCACUCACCGAACACUCACUGUCCUGAAAACUAUUUAAAAUGCUGAAUAGUUUUUUUAUGAUCAUAUUUAUUCUUUAGAUACAUUUAUGUGGUAAUUUUAAUAGCAAUGUAUCUUUUUAAAAAUACCCGGUAGCUUUUUAGCCAUUCGCCAUUAAAUGUUUUCCCCUGCUAUUGACUAAUGUAAUCACACUAAAAAUCUGCAGAGUACAGAGUCAAGACUUGUAAAGCAAUCGAGAAAAUGGAGAAGCUGCGUGAGAAAUAUCCUGACCUUAAAAAUGCUUAUGAUGUUAAAAUUGAAAAAUCCAAGAAACGGUCUUCAGUAUGGUUUGAGAAAUCAGACACAAUUGCUCUCAUUGAUGAGCUUCAGAUUUUAUUUGAUGACUUGGAGGCCCAGUUAAGGAGAAGUAGAACAGGUGAGGCCAGUCUCCAUUAUUAGGGAGAAAGAAAUUAUGUAGUGAUAGUCAUCACAAUUUUAAUCCAUAUAGAUUUAAGAAUUUUGAAAAUCUGAGUAAUUCCAACUUAAUAAUAAAAGCAUUUCAUUCAAAUAAAUUAUAAUUUGAUUAAUUUAUUAAAUAAUGACAUUUUGUUAGCUAAUUUUGUUUAUUUUUUAAAUUUAAACACAAAACAGAGAAUAUUAUUGAACAUUGGCUAUGUGGUGCCACUUACACAGCUGCUGACAUUACACUUUGUGUACUGCUGGGAAGACUUCUAAUGAUUGGUCUCUUGCCUAAGUAAGUUGUACAGUGAAUUUUUUUUAGCCUUUGCAUCCAGGGUACCAAGUCAAAAAAGAGAUAUUAUUCUGAAGCUAUCAAGUUUGCCAUUGAAUGUGCAAAUAUAUGGAUUAUUUACGUUAAUUUACCUUACAUUAUGCCUUUUACCCCGCCUGGGGCAUAGGUUGUCUUUUUCCAUUUAUCUCUGUCCUGUGCUUUCCUUUCCAGUUGCUUCCAGGUGUAUCUCAUACUUUUUGUGUCUGCCACAAGCUCGUGUCUCCUUGUAUUUUUUAGGCCUUCCUCUCUUUCUCUUUCCCUGUGGAUUCCAUGUAAAGGGUUGUCAAUGUUGCUGCCUAAAUAUGUGAAGGUCCCCAUCUCUUCCAGUGCAUUUCCUGCCAGAGAGAUAUACUCUUGGUUGGCUGAGUUUACCUUCAUGAUCUUUGUCUUGCUUUUAUUUAUAUGGGGUCCGAGCUGUGCUGAAAUGGUGGCUACAGCUUUAGACUUUUCCUGCAUUUGUUGCUGGUUGUGGGACAGAAAUGUAUCCUGUAUGUUGUUUUUGGAUCUGUUCAUUAUCUAGUCAUUGGCAAGGAUGAAUAGAAAGGGGGAAAAGAGUCAUUCUUGUCUGACUCCUGUUUCCACUUUAAAGGCAUCUGUGAGUCUACCUUGGUGCACCACCCUGCAUGUCUUUCUUCAUAAGAGCUCUGAAUGAUCCUGACUAGUUUUCCCGGUACCCUAUAAUGCCGGAGACGUUUACACAAGGUUUACUGGUCCAGGCUAUCAAAAGUCUUUUUAUAGUCAAUAAAAUAUUGGCAUAGGGGAGAGUUCCAUUCAAAGGACUGUUCUGCAAUGAUUCGUAGUGUUGCAAUUUGAUAUGUGGGUGAUCUGUUUCGGCGGAAACCAGCCUGUUGAUCUCGUAGCUGCCUGUCUACUUGGUCCUUCAAUCUAUUCUAAAUAAUUCUUACAGACCUUUCCUGGUACAGACAGCAGUGUAAUUCCACUGAAGUUUGCACAGUUUCUGAGAUCCCCUAUCUUUGAUAUCUUGACAAGGUAUCCUUCUUUCCAAUCUUUUGGAACUCUCUCUUCUUCCCACACUUUUUCAAACAGAUGGAGCAGCAUGUUGACUAUUGUAUAUAUAUCUGCUCUCAUCAUCUCUGUUGUGAUGUUAUCAGUCCUGCUGCUUUCCCUAUUUUGAGCUGCUUAAUAGCCAGGGCUAAUCGUUCCUUAUUUGGGACAGUGCCUUCUAUUUGUAAACCUUCAUUUGCUGUUUGUAUAUCUGGUGAGCCUGUGGGUGGAGAUCUGUUUAGUAAUUCCACCCGUCUUUUAUGUUGCUCUUUUCAUGCUAUUAAUAUUAUUGAUCUACCUUUCUUAUCUUUAACCUGUCUCUCUGGCUUCUUGUAUCUUUCUGAGAGCUUUCUUGUUAUGUAAUUGAGCUGUUUCAUGUUCCACUUCCUGACUGCUUCUUUUGCUGUGCUGUUGACACUAGACCAUCUAUUAUCUAAGUAAGCUCUUUUAUCCUUUUUUUACCCUUCCAUUGGCUUCUUUAUAUUUCUCUUGUGCUUUUGUUUUCUCUGCCCUUGUUUAUUUUUUGCAACGUGUUGAGUGAGAGCCAAUCUUUGUGUUUUUGCUCUAACAGUUGUAACACCUCAUUGCCUGUGGAUGUUACAGACAUAUUUAUGUUUUGCCAUUGAAUUUCUGUCUGGUCAUCAUCUGUUUGGUCUUGCAGUAUCUGGAACUUAUUUCUCUAGGUAACACUGAAUUCCUGUCAUUUUUGCUUGUUUGCCAGAAGUGCUGUGUUGUAUUUUAGUCUUUUAACAUCUGGUUCAUCCCAGUUUUUCUUUGGUUUUAGCUUGAAUUGUGCCCAACCUAAAUGGAGAUCAGAUGUAACAUCAGCUCCCCAUUUUGCUAAUUUCUCUCUCCUAAACCAUGGCGCCCCAUAAUUUCUUCAUAUAUUCUGUUUUCUUUUCCAAUCUUAGCAUUUAGAUCUACUUUCAUGAUAUUUAGAUCUCUACCUGGAAAUUUCUCCAGUAUGGCUUGUGUAUUGAAAAAAGCUUCUUUUUUCAUCUUCCUUACUAUCAUUGUUGGGUGCAUGACACUGUACCGGUAUAUUCAUAUUUAUUUUCUUCUUCUUGGUUUGGAAAGGUGCUGUAAUAAUUCUUGGACAAUGGGUUUCCCAUCUUGUCAAUGGCCCUUGUGUCAUCAGUGUCAUCAUGAAAGCGAUCCUUGUGUGUGUGGAGCAUUUUCCUCCUCAUGCUCUGAGUAUAUUAGUGUUUCUCCUGAGGCCAAAGUUAACCGGCCAGCUUGUUUCACAGAAGCUGAGCAGUGUGAGUCUGUAUGUUCUUAUUUCUGCCACCACUUGUGCUGAUAUUCUUGUUUCAUACAUGCUUCUAACAUUCCACGAGCCUAUGCUUAAUUGCCUUGGAAAAAAGGGUCUUCGACUUUGAGGCUUCCAGUAUAAUCUGGCUUCAUAACUUUUAUUGGGGAAGAAGAGUCCUCUCUUUUUGGGGCUGAAAAUGUUUUGUUUUUUUCUUCUUGUUGAUAUUUGUGUAGCAAUUUGUUUUUUUAAGGGUGAAGUAGCUGGCCUCAUGCCAACCCUCCUUCUUUUGCACCUCGGCUCGGGACCCGCCAUGACGGAGUUAUGAAUUAUAUUAAUACAGAAAAUUUUUAAUUUUUUAAAAUUCAUUCAAUUUUUUAUAACAGGUUUAUUAUAUAGCUAAGUUAAGUGAUAAUACAUAUUUCCUUUAGUAAGGUUCUUUGAUGAUAAUAUAAUCAUCAUUAUAAAUACAGAAAAUACAAUUAUUUUGACACCAUGAUUUGUUUUAAUUUAUAUAUAAAAAAAUGUAUAACUAUCAUUCUGUUACGCUUUUUUUUAAAAUACCUGUUGGAUGACAUAUUAUUAUGCUUCCUUAAAAUGAUGAUACCAUGGUGUUUUCCUUAAAAUGAUGAUACCAUGGUGUUUUCCUUAAAAUGAUGAUACCAUGGUGUUUUCCUUAAAAUGAUGACACCAUGGUGUUUUCCUUAAAAUGAUGAUACCAUGGUGUUUUCCUUAAAAUGAUGAUACCAUGGUGUUUUCCUUAAAAUGAUGAUACCAUGGUGUUUUCCUUAAAAUAAUGAUACCAUGGUGUUUUCCUUAAAAUGAUGAUACCAUGGUGUUUUCCUUAAAAUGAUGAUACCAUGGUGUUUUCCUUAAAAUGAUGAUACCAUGGUGUUUUCCUUAAAAUGAUGAUACCGUGGUGUUUUUAAAAUAUUUUCUAAUUUACUUAACUUGUAUGUCAUGAUUCAUAUAUCCAAUGACAUUUUUGUGUACAAAGAUACACUAGAGAUAGUCAUAUUAAUGGAUAGACUGUGAUGCAUUACAGUCACCCCCUUAAUAAUCAUAUUACCACCUGCAGAUACCUGGACCCAGCCAAACGACCAGCUCUGAUCGAAUACUGGAACCAAGCCCAGCUGAGACCAAGUGUACAGAAAGGGAUAUUUGGAGGCAAAAGGACCUUGAUGCUCUAUCAGGCCAGAAAAGCCCUAGCUAAAGUAGCAGCUGGGGCAGCUGUAGCUGGUGGUGUGGUUGCUUUAGGAGUUCUCAUAGGCCAAAAGUACAAGUCCUAAAUUGGUGCAUUUUAGCUGCAGGGUUGUAGUCUUGUGCACCGAGGGAUUACAAGAACACAUGCUUAGAUCUCUUUAUUUAAUCUGGGGAUGAAUGAUAUAACAAAAAUAAUAACUAGAUGAGUAUCCUAAUAAUUUGAAAGGACAAAAUUCUCUGAAAACUGUAUCUUCCAAAAAUAUUUUUUUAAGAAUUGAAAUUUGAUGUGUUACACUCAGUGAAAGGGCUGUAGUGCCACAGGGAUGGAUGGACUCUCAGUGAGAAGAACACUGUUAUCAGUUUGUGUCUCCAUUAUUCACUGUUGGUUUUAAUAUGUUCUAUGCUCAGAGAGUCUAAGAUAUUGUUAAAAAAUGGCUAAUAACCCUGUUAGAUUUUUUAUUAGAGAAGAGAAACUAAGUUUAUCCAUAGGUUAGAAAGGACAUUUUUUUAAAUAUUCUUUUAAUGUACUUAGAUUUCAUAGACAUCUGUGUUAUACAAAAGCCAAAGCAUUUCUAAGCCCCGUGAAUUUUGGAUUAAGGAUCUUCAAUCUGUUACAGUUUCAGGGAUUAAAAUGUUAGCUACUUAAUUUACCAAUAAUGUAUUUAAUCAAAGAUCUUAUACUUUUAUAUCAUUCGUAAUAUUUCAUUCUUAUUUGUCCCUGCAUUUACCUUCUGCCUACUGUUAUAAUUUCAAAUCUAUUUUCCUAAAAAUCUCUGAAACUUUUUUCCCAUAAUAAUAGUACAUACUGAUUACAUGUUUGUUCCACCAUCCCUAUGGAUUUAACGUACUGCCGUACUAAACAUUCUAUUGUUGGCCAUGUGAAAAUUUUCAAACAGCUGUGAUUAUAUAUUUUCCCAAUAAUGUAUUUAGCUUGAUCAAUUUAGAUUUUUGAAGUUGACAUUGUAAACGCUUAUCAGUAAUGUCUUUUUUGUUUAUUAAUUUUCUUGUUUUUUAAAUUUUAUUUGAUUAAACAAUUUUUAUUAUGUUUAUGUAUGCAAAUUUUUUAUAACAUGAAUUUGAAAUGUAUUUGGAUAAGAAUAAGAAAGGUUUUACAGUGAUUUAGAGGUAGUGUAUUUUUAUUAGAAAAGCACAAAGUUCUUGUAACCGCUAUCACAAAACACUUGACAUUUUCCACAGCUGAAACUACAUAAAGAUAUAAUAAUGGUUUACUUUUGUCAAAAGGUAAAAAAAUUGACCAUACAGUCAUUAAUAGUUAAUUGUCUUUUUUUUAUUUUUAUGUUUUUACUAAUUUCCGCAAAACAUUUGAUAUUUUUUCCCUAAUUCCUAUUUUGUCUAUGAGAUGACCUUGUGUGGACAAUAUUCAAUAUUGUCUCAUUAGACUUUUUAAAACAGUUAAAUCAUUUUGUUAUUUAGGUGAUAAUUAAUAGUUGUACAUGCUUUGUAAAUCAAUUUAAUCUGUUAAAAAAAAUGUCAUAGUAAAUUUAAGAAUUCCUGAUAUAUGGAAAAGCUCUAAGAUUAUGACAUAGGAAUUAUUUAAUUGUCAUAAGCUUCUACUGAAUAGGUUUUGUGAAAUAUUUUUUUGAUACAAAAUCUCUACAUUCUUAAUAGAUGUGAAAUUCUAUAUUAUUUAAUCAGUGUUGUUUUUUUUUGGUAUGUUUUAUACUUAAAUGUUUACCGCCUAUGCUCUUUCAGUUUGUUUCCCAAAUAGAUUGUUUACGUUACAUGUGCAAUAUAAUUCAGAUAAAAACCAUUUCCCCCUGCUGCCAACUGCAGUUCUAAUAUAACAUAAUAGACCACUAGUCAUCAGUUAAUGAACAAUUGCCACUAGCAACCAAACAGCUUCUCAAGAGGCAUUCAAUUUUAUACAACAUAUUUGUGUACUUAAUCAUAUUGAGCAUAACCAUAUUAUGCUUUAUCAUACUUUAUGAUGAGAUCAUUUACAAUUUUUUUAGUGUUUUUUUUGUGUGUUUGUUUGGCUUUUUUUCUUCAUUUAUAUUUUUCUGUAUUUUAGUUUAGUGGUUAUGGCUUUAAUAUAUUAUUAUUACCCUGGAUUUUUAUUUAUUUAAUUUAUGUCUCCUUGACAGUUUUUAAGAUGAAUCUUUUAUAUAAAUGAUUAUGUCACUUUUAACUUAUUUAUAACUUUUAAGGCUACUUAAUCAUUUAUGUAUGUGUUAUAUUGUCAUUAGUUUGGCUAGUCAAACUUUUUACAAUAUCUCCAUUUGUACCUAUCAAAUAUUUUACAAUGAAAAAUAUAUCAUGGCAUAUCAAACGAACACAGCUUUAUUGUUGAUUGUUUGCAGGCUCAGAUUCUCUAAAGGUUGUAAAAAAACUUUCAGAACCAAUAAAA